GACUCGCAGUUAAGGUCAUGUGGCAACAUGGCAGCGAAUAUUUCCAGCGAAGAUUUUAGCAACUUCCAGCUUCUUUUAAAGGCUCCGUCUAAAGACGCAGUGAGAGACGUUUGUGUUCAGAGUCACAGAGCUCCGAGUCGCAGGCUCGCAGAGAGCACAGCAGCGACACUCAGCAUCCCCGCAGCCCAGGCUGCACAGCUGGUCCAGUCUCUCCACCUCUUGUCUCAUCAUGUCCUCUUCUACAACCUCAGCUCUCCUGAGCAGAUCCUUGCUCUCUUCCCCGAAUCUUUCCACCCCAGUCUGAAGAACCUGAUCACUAAGAUCCUGCUGGAGAACAGUUCAACAUGGAGGACGGAGGCUGUUGGUGAUCAGAUCUCUCUCCCUCAGUUGAAGGAGCUGGACUGGAGAGUUGACAUGGUGACCGGCUCAGACUCAGUCAGUCGUAUGUCGGUUCCGACCUGCCUGGUUCAACUCAAGAUGGAGGAUCCGUGUCCAUCAGCAGCCGCCGAGACUGUUUCCACGGUGACCGUGGAGCUGAGCAGGGAGUCUCUGGACACCAUCCUGGAUGGGCUGGGACGCAUCAGAGACCAGCUGUCUGCGGUCGCUGGGAAAUAAAGACUCAAACGAUGGACCGAGGAGUUUGGACUGAAGCUGCCUCUCACUGAUAAAGUUUGUGCCAACAUCAAAGAUCUUCAUGACUGAUCAUCAUCAGAUUAUUGAUAAUUUGUUGUUUCCUGCAGAAAAGCUGGUUUUUGGAACACAAAAUAUUUGGUUCCUGAUCCUUAAACCUGUAAAAGUUUUACGUUUACUCAUUUUUUUUCAUCAUUUACUGUAGUUUGUUUUUUUUGUCUGCAAAUCAACAGUGACACUGACACACUGGUAUUAAAGUGCACUGUUUGAUAAAAGUUCA